AUGGGUCCAAUGUCUAUGUUUCCAUCUUUUCCUCACAGCAUUACGUUUGAAGAGUCACGAGAAUUAAAAAUCAUUGCAACACCUGUAGACGAUUCGGCAGAAAUUUACACGAUCACGCAUAAUCGGCAAGAAUAUGGCGUGAUGAAAACGGAAGAUGCCACAAUAUCGGCCACAAUACAACUUGUUGCAGCAGCAGAUGGUGUAGAUUUGGGCGCCGAUCAAGUUGUUGUACCCAUAUCAUACCCCCUUCGAUUUGGUUGGAAAACCAAAGAAGUUUACGUGAAUGGUGAUCUUAUCAAUCCCACUUCCACCCAUGAAUCCGAUUUAGAAUAUGUGAAUUAUCUUCUCACACAAACACCAACUGGCUAUAAAGAUAAGUUGGGUAUUACCAUGGGCUAGAGCGAUACCCCUGGGGUUUUUUACAGUCGUGUCAAUCUUCAUGACGCUGGAGGUGGUCUUGUCAACUCGGGUGGUCAUAAACGUUGGUUAGCAUAUAGUCAGAGUGGCGAAGUAAUAUGUGGCGAUCAUUUGGAUAUAUUGGGACAUAAUAAACGUUAUGUUCCAUCAUCCUAUGAUAUGAAAAUUGUGCUUCAUCGUUUGGAGAAAACCAAAUUUUUAUUCGGUACAACACAGCAUUGUACUGACGCUAAAGUGUUAAUUAAAAAUCUAAAAUUAACCAUUCCCAUGAUGAAACCCGUGCAACAAUUGUCCGACGCAAUCAAUGAUAUCAUGAUUCAGAAAGCUGAAGAAUGCAAAUUCUAUGUUACCCAUUAUCGUUUCGCUGCAAAACCUUUGGCUAUAGGUGCUCAAUAUGUGCAAUUCAGUGAUAUUUUCGAUGGUACUCAACCUACAAGAAUGAUUUGUUAUCAGAAAUCGCAAACGCGUUACAAUGGUCAUCAUCAGCACAACCAUAACCGUUUGAUAUCAAUCAUUUUGUGGUCAAAAUCAACGAGGCUAAUGUCGUACCGACCAUCAGCAAUGCCAAAGAGUCGUAUAUGA